AUGGACGCGGCCAAGGCAGCGGCUCGCAGCCUGCUCGCCGAGCUCGAGCGGCACCGCUUCGACGCGACGGCGGGCGACGGCGACGCCACUGCCGCCGACGUGCCGCCGGCCGAGGACCAGGGCUGCUCCUCCGCUGAGGCGCUGCUGCUGCGCGAGGCGCGCCGCUUCGCGCCGCCGCGCUCUGAGAACCGCCGCCUCGAGGGCGAGCUGCGCGCGCUCGCUGGACAGCUGAAGAAGGAGAGGGCGGCGAGCGAGAGGGCGGCGAGCGGCGCGGCGCUGAGGGCGGCCUCGUCGACGGAGGAGAUGCGGCGCCGCACGGUGGGCGGCGGGCCGGCGGAGGCGGAGGCGGUCGGGCCGCCACCGGACGAGGGCGGCGCUGCGGGAGGGCUGACGUUGGCGAGCGCGGCGUCGCAAAUAAUCAUGCUGCGGCGCGAGGUCAAGUACCUGCAGAAGCAGUGGAACGCGGCGCGGCGCGACGCCGACGGCGCGGCGCGGCGCGACGAGGUUGCCGCCCUCAAGGAGGCGGCGGAGGCGGAGGCGGCGCGUGCUGCAAAGGCGGCGGCCGCCGCGGCUGCUGCCGAGGCGCGGCAGCGGCUGCUGGUGCGGCAGCUGAGCGAGGCGGCGCCGCUCGGCGGCGGCGGCGGUGUAGAGGCGAUGGUCUGCGUCCUCUCCCUCCUCGAGGAGGUGCAGGCCCUCGAGGCCGAGGCGCUGCACGCCAACCGCCGCACCGCCGCCGCCGCCGCGGCAGCGCAACAGCCUCCCGCCUCGCCGCGGUCGCCGCAGCAGCCGCCGCUCUCGCCGCUCUCGCCGCCGCCGCCGCCUCCGGCCGAGGCAGCGAUGACGCCGGCGGAGCGCCUGACGGCCGAGGCGCUCACCCAGCGGCUAGCCUCGUCCGAGGAGGAGCGAGGCCGACUCGCGUCCGAGGUUGCUGCGCUGCAGUUCCGGCUCGCGUCGAUGCAGCGCGAGCACUAUAGCAGCAGCGCGCAGCACCCGCCGCCGCCGCCGCCGCCGCCGCCGCGCGCGAAGGAGGGCCACGCGGCGGCGCAGCUCAAGGAGGACGUCACCAAGCGGCUCGGCGCUUUUCUGAAUCAGCGCAAGGGCGCCGCUGCCGCCAAGUGA